UUUAUGGUCUAGUAUGUUUGGACUCUUUUAGAGAUACCAACAUGCAAGUUCGUUGUUUUAUGAUCUAGUAACUAUUAAUCUCCAGGAAUUAGAAUCGCGCGCUCCCUUCGGCUGACAACCAUUAGAAGUUGUUCACUACAUAUUUGCAGUAUAAGCUCUUAUCUACGAGUUUGCAUGACAAAUUCUUCUCAGGAUUUUUGUGUGAAGCAGGAACAGAGACUACAAUAUCGUCACGAUGACUCGGAAAAGCACCUCGAUAAGACCCAUUGUCAUUGCCAUUAUCACCGGCGCCAUCAUCAUCAGUAUCGGGCUGGCCAUUGGGCUUGGAGUUGGUCUCAAAGACAGCGAUGAUGACGUCAUCGGACCGGUUGCCAACUGGGAGAAGUACAAGUCAUCGACUGGCACAUAUCAAUACGCUGCCGUGGUCGCGGACUCAGAAGUCUGCUCCGAGGUUGGCAAUGACGUGUUGGCUCGACUACGAGGUAACGCCAUGGAUGCCACAGUAGCCGCCCUGUUCUGUACUGGACUCCUCAAUGCUCACAGCGCGGGGAUUGGAGGAGGCUCUUUCUACACAAUAUACCACAAGUCCAGUAAUACUUUCCACAACGUGGACAGCCGUGAGACAGCCCCAGGUGCCGCUACACAGGACAUGUUCCAAAGUGAGGAGAAUCAGUCCAAGUCGCGCCUAGGUGGAAUGGCUGUCGGUGUUCCAGGCGAGGUGCUCGGCCUUUAUGAAGUUCACCAACGAUUUGGCACCGUUCCCUGGAAGAGUCUGGUCAUGCCAUCAAUCAAACUUUGUGAGGAAGGCGUUCCGCUGACCGAAGCAACGCACAAAGCGCUCGCUAGAAUUACGGACAAGACUAAGUUUGCGCCUUACUUCAACUCUGACCAGAGUCCAAAAGCGGCUGGUAGUUUGAUCAAAUUGCCAGAACUCGCCCGGACAUUCCGUACCAUCGCUGAUGACCCUUUCUCCUUCUAUAACGGAUCUCUGGCGGCUGAUAUAGUCAGUGACAUAACUGAUGAAGGGGGCAUAAUCACAGAAGAAGACCUGGCCAACUACAGCCUAACGCCAUCGGCCCCUACCAACAUGAGUCUACCUGGGGGGUAUCAAGUCUACUCAACUCCCCCGCCAGGUAGUGGACUGGUCCUCGGCUAUAUUCUUGGAAUUUUAUCCGGAUAUAACAUGGAUUCCAGCAAUAUUGCCACGACUGAGGGGGAAAUACUUACAUAUCAUCGUAUUGUGGAGGCCUUCAAGUUUGCAUUCGGCAAGAGAUCGGGACUUGGGGAUGACCUUUUUCAUGACAAUUCAGAAAACGCUGUUAACAUGACAUCACUGGCAGUCUGUGAGGAGAUCAGGCAGCGUAUCAGUGACGAGAAGACGCAUGACACCGCCUUCUAUGACCCACCCUUCUCCGUGGCCAAUGACAGCGGUACUACCCACAUCUCCGUCAUAGACGGUGAAGGGAACGCAGUGUCCGUCACAAGUACAAUUAACACGUAUUUCGGAAGCAAGGUCCGCGGCUCGAGGACUGGUAUCGUGUUCAACAACGAGAUGGACGAUUUCUCCACCCCAGGAACUGUCAACUACUUUGGUCUUCCCGCCUCUCCUGCCAACUUCAUCCAGCCAGGCAAACGUCCCAUGUCCUCCAUGUGUCCGGCCAUAGUGUGGGACAACAACGAGCAGAGGGUCAAGAUGGUCUCUGGGGGUGCCGGAGGGAGCAAGAUCACGACUGCUACUGCUUUGAAUAUCAUUGACGUCCUGUGGCUGGGUAUAUCCCUGCCCGAGUCCAUAGACAAGCCAAGACUUCACCACCAGCUCGUUCCCAAUGCAAUAAUGCUGGAGAAGACUUUCAGCAAGGUUAUUUUAAAUGGGUUGAAGGCCAAAGGCCACGCCAUUCGAGACAAGUUUGGCUAUUCUGUGCUGCAGGCGAUCAAUGUGCGAGACGACGGCUCGAUUGUGGGAACAGCGGAUUUCCGCAAGGGAGGAGUACCAAAAGGACUUUAGGAUACUUAAUUGUGAUAAUCCGGCUGUUUGACGUGAUCGAUUUUUGAAGAGCUGGAAGUGUGCACAUGAAAACGUUCCCUGUUUGUGUAAGAAUGAUGCAUGUUCGCAUGAAUUUAUAUAUUAUACAAUGGAAGUUACGAUAACUAUAUUAUACAUGCUGACACAUUGAAUAUAUCUACGGGCACGCUUAGUAUUAGUGUCUACUGGAACGUUGAGUUUAUGACAAUACUAAAUGAUAAUUGUUAUUUCAGUUCACUGAGAUCUUGAUAUCAAAUUAAUUACUCACGAGUGAAAA